CGCUAGCACGUUUUUCUCAAGCGUUGUGGCAGUCCCCUUUCGUUCACGGGAGCGGAGCGCAUCGGAUCGUCAGCGAAUGGCGCCACGUGGACAGCAGGGGCCGACGAAACGCACUGGGUCCGACGAAGCGGGUGCCGACCAAACAAGAAGGGGGCACGUCCCGAAGUCGAAGAAGCUACGCGUGGGAGACGGGUCGGAAGGCGAGACGGGAGGUGAGGGGGGAGAGGAGGUGACGCCUAUGAACAUCACGGGCGGAGGGACGCCUACGCGCGGGUUCGGGCGAGACGGUGUGAGCAGGGAGCGUAUGCUUGCGCUCACCAACCUUGGCAUCCUGCCGUCUUUGCGGAUCGCCGGCGCUGGGGGGACGACGCGUCCGCAAGGGGUUGUGAUCGGUGACAUUAUGCCGCAGAGGGCCGUGGGUUCUACAUCUACCAUCGCAUCCGUGUCGGAGCGCGACGAUAAAGGUCCAGUCACUGAGUCUCCACCGCGCCACGUGGAGGCCUUGAACACGACGAUUGUUGGCGCUUCGUCGCCGGCUGUCCUUUAUUCCGCGCAAGCACUGAGCGCCGUUGUCCAUGCUGCCGCCGCCACUGUUGGAGAAAGGCGAGAAGAUCGGAGAGUGGAAGAGGCGGCGAGAAAACAGGAGAGGAGGGAGGAGAGUCCGCUUGGGGAGGAUGAGGACGGCCAGCCUCUGAGCAUGAGGAAGAAAAGGUCCCGCAAGGAGGAGGAGUUGGAGGCGAAAUCGAAGCUUUGGGUAGACGGGAAAACGUUAUGGGGAACCGGUCUCGGACGGAUGAUCGCGGACGCUGUGCAUUCCUGCGCGGACUACUACUGCGCGAUCGUCAAUGGAGAUGCAGGCGUCAGCGCUCCGCAAGGCCUCAUCAUGCCGCCCCCCGAAGUCCCACGCCUGCGGAUCGAAGAUGGCUCGCAGUGAGAGCCAGCUCUGCGACGGGCGAGACGAACGGAGAACGUGGCAAUGCGCGUCAUCCACGGCUGGAUAUUCAGGUCGUCUUCAAGAUGUUGAUUGUCGAUGUGAUGAACACAAUGAUCACUAUAGUUGAGUACAAACAACUCUGCCGGCAAGCCGAUGAACUGACCCAAUGAUCGGUUGAUCGGUUAGCCGGCAGGCUUGUCCAAGCUACGGUUCAACGCUCCAGGUACUCGAGCACGGGGGUGGAGUGGGUUUCGGUGUGUUGAUGAAAGUGCAGUGAAAGGUCCAAAAAAAUCGCAUGCACACUUGGAUCCUGGUGAGGAGGCAACACAUCAAUGAAACGCGCACACAUCG